GAGACAGAGAAUAUACGAGCCGGCUGUCGCUCAGAGCGGGGUCUCUCCCUCCUCAUCCUGACUCCUGAGAUCCUGGCCUCAUCAAUCCAUGGGACUCCAGAUCUGGUCUCCAAGCGAACCCGUCCUGUCCUCCAUGGCCUGCCUCGAUGUGGAGAGCCCCUCCAUUUGUAGGGGGAAAUUCAAAUCAGUCCUUCAGCACUGUCUGCAGCAAAGGAGGAGUCGGGAGCAGCUCGUGGAGCAAGGCAUCUUGCCUCCUCUGAAAACUCCCACCGCUUUCCAUAAGCAGAUCCGGAGUCUAGAGAGAGCCAGGACUGGAACAUUUUUAAAACACAAACUCUGCAGCCGACCAGAACGUUCCGAGCUGGUCCGUAUGCAUAUUCUUAAAGAAACGCAGGCGGAUUCUUCACUCCAGGCCACACAGAUGAAGCUGAAGAGGGCCAGACUGGCCAAUGACCUCAACGAGAAGAUCUCCCAAAGACCUGGACCCAUGGAGCUGGUUGAGAAGAAGAUCCUGCCUGUUGACUUUGGCGUGGAGAAGCUUGGAAAUGGCGGUGAGGCUGAUAAGUCRGAGACGCCACAUGUUCCAGAUGUUUACAGCUUCGAUGAGGACAGCAGUGAUGCGUCCUCACCACAGCAGCCCAACAGUCAGCAGUCUCCUUUCUCCUCGUCGCCAAAGGAGUGCGGGCGGACCGAGACUUCGAGUUCUUCCUCAAACUCCAGUACCUCCCCACAGCUCUCUCCAACUCUCAGCUCMACGUCUACUUCAAAUGUAGUCGUCUCCACGACCGAGCUAAAGAGCAACCAGCAGACACGUCAGCCAGCUGUCCCAGGCGUUUCAUCAGGCCCGCUUCUUGUAAAACAAAGCUUGGCGAAGCUGUCGGCCGAGAAAAGCCGCAGCAAGAAGAGCAAAGAGCCCAAGCCACGGGUGAAAAAACUGAAGUACCAUCAGUACGUUCCUCCCGACCAGAAGCAAGAGCUCAGCGACGUGCCGAUGGACUCGUCCUACUCCCGCCUCCUGCAGCAGCAGCAGCAGUUCCUCCACCUUCAGAUCCUGAGCCAGCAGCAGCAGCAAUACAACCAGGCCGUCCUACCGGUCACGCUGAACAUAUCAAGAACCGAGGCACAAACCAGCUGCUCAGCAGUUGUUCUUCGAGGAAACACUCCGUCUCGUCAUGCUAAUGCCAACCGCAAGCCAGAGCACCUACCAGCAAAUUUAGAUGAGAUGAAGGUGGCUGAGCUGAAAAUGGAGCUAAAGCUCAGAGCUUUGCCCGUUUCUGGGACUAAAACUGACCUAAUCGAGAGGCUGAAGCUGUUUCAGGAGAGCUCCAACAUCCAGCAUGCUGCUACCAUGGAAAGAGCCUCACAGUCUGACAACACAAAGUUYUCCCCSCCUGUUUCCCUCAUAGCUUCCAAAGUUUCUAAACUGGGAAUAGAAGACUGUAAUAAGACAGACAGCUCAACAAAGCUGGUUUCAGAUACGCCAAYGGGMUCUAUUCAGUGCACAAACUCUUCAMGUGAAAAGUGUCCCGCGGAGACGAAGUCCACCCAGAGGGACUCUGAAAAGGACAAACGCCUGCAUGAGAAGGAGCGUCAGAUAGAGGAGCUGAUGAAGAAGCUCCAGCAGGAGCAGAAGCUGGUGGAGGAACUGAAGAUGCAACUGGAGGUGGAGAAAAGAAGCCAGCAAAGCGACUCUCCGCCUCGACCCAACCCCCUCCUCCGGGUGAAGGAGGAACCCAGGACGGCGUCGGCCUGCUCCGUGUCCCACAGCCCCCCCGUUCUGCCAGGACUGGUCAAACAGGAGGAGUCUGCAGAUCAGAGCCGCGCAGCUGCUUCGAAGCCGUUCAUCAUAGCUCAGCGGACCAUCACACACGCUGACGCUCUGCAGUGUGUCAAGGCUCAGAUCCUUCUUCCCGCCGUAGCAGUGGCUGUCGAGCUCCCAGCCAAAAGCGUUCAUUUACAAACUCCUGCGAGCGCCACUGCUCCAGGCCACGUACAGACGUCUGGACAGGUGCCACAGAAAGCAGAUAUCUCUGCAGCUUUACAGCAACAACCCACAACUCAAACUCAGCAACUGACGAAGACAUGGACGAUGAACGUCAAAGCAGAAAACUUACUCAACAUGUUCCCAGAGACUGAAUGUAACGGUGCUUCGUCCGGCCAAGCUGUCCCAAACAAAACCGUGACUUCCUGUUCUGGCCAAUCAAAAUUCACAAACCAUGUGUCGAAGAGCAAAGACCCACCCCGCUACGAGGAUGCCGUCAAACAGACGCGCAGCAUUUUACCAGCCGCUCAGGGUCCCACUGCAGCCAGCCAGCAGAUGGAUGACCUGUUUGAUGUGCUGAUUGAGAGUGGAGAGAUGUCCCCCUUCGCCAGACAGAACCCACCCAGCCUGGAAAAGCCUCUCGCCGUGACAGCUAGUGUCACCACCCUUCCCAUCAACACAGUGUUGUCCCGACCUCCCCCUCUGGUGCAGGUGGCCCAGAUGCCUGUAGAACCGCUCAACCCCUCRACGGACCUGGAGCCUCUGACCUCGAGGAAUGAGCUGGAGACCCUCCUGGACAGCAGGCUGGCUGCUGACGCUGAGGCACAGAAACUGAAACUGAUGGAGGAGUUAAACUCCCCCGUGGUCACGAUGGACGUGAACUUUAGUGAAAACAUGCCGCCCUCCGAUGUGAACCUGACAAACGCCACCAUGGAGAACAUGGACUGGCUGGAUCUGACCCUGUCUGUGCCAGCAGAGGGUAUUAACCCAUUGGACAUGGYGGUUCCAGAGGGCGUCUUCUCCUCUGACUUCCUGGACUCUCAUGAACUGCAGCUGAACUGGGACUGAGUGAUUUAAAUUCUUACAUCUAUCAGCUGUUUUUAUUAUAAUUUCAUUUGUAGCGCACAUCGAGGAUCGAGGGGUUUUUAUGAGACAAUUUGAGCGUUUCAGCUAUGAGGGGUCUUUAAUUCUUGAUGGAGAUAAAUAAAAUGGUACUCAAACCACAUGGAUAAAGUGGUACCUUUUCAUUAAAGAAAUAAAAAACCACCAUGGUCACUGAAAUAAUUUGAAACCAACAAUAAGAAGACGAAAAAAAAUGCACUAAAAGCCAAGUAAUAAAAAUAAGUCAUUGCUUUUGAGUUGUGGUUUAACAGAAAUAUUAAAAAAUAAUAAUAAUGAAACUCUAGAAAAGAUUUGACCUUAGGGACAUAUCAAAUUAAGGUAAUUAGCAUCACAAGUGUGUUCAGGCUCAGCCAGUCUAUAAAAGGGUGAAAGGUGGAGUCACUGUCAAGGUACACCAGUGUCAGAUCCCAUCAUCUGCUGAGGUUUGAGACUUAAUCUAAGACCAAGGAAGACCCCACUGUUGUCGUAGACUGGAACCUAMCAGGAUGCACAACAAAAAGCCACAGCGUUUCUGAGAGAGUGAGACAAAACUUUUGGACAAGUGACAUAAAACUGGAGCUUUUUGACAAAUAAAUAAAUAAAUUAGUUCUUCAGACAUAAAUAUUAAGCCCACAGCUGAAACUUGGACGAGGCUUUGUUCUGUUCUGCACCAAAAACAAAGUGUCUUAAAUUUGUGUUUGGUGCAAUAAAAUCUCAAGACUAUCAAGGCAUUCUGGAGCAAAGUGCGCUGCCUAGUUUCAGAAAGCGUGGUCAGCAAAGAUCAUGUGUCCAACAACAAGAUAAAGAUCUAAAACACACAGCUAAAAUGACGAAAAAUGAACGUUAGACUAUUCUGAAGUGGUCGUCUGAGCUCUGAUCUAAAUCAUGUUGAACAUCUGGAAGCAGCUGAGACCUGCAGCGUGUCACUUGACUGGAACGAUGGGUCAGGGGGACCAUCCUUUUUUGACAAAAGUCUGAUUCUCAUUAGUUCAUUUUUGUAAUUUUUGCUUAUUGUUUUUGUUAAUUCUGAGUUUGUUCAGUGACUUUUGUGUUUUUUUUUUUUCUUUAACAAAAAGGGAACAAACAAAUUGAUCCACAUCUGUAUAAUACUGCAACAUUAAAAAACUUWCAUCUCAAA